AUGGCCCUCAGUCGUUCGCGGGCUUCGAUCAUCACUCUCGCCCGCGCGUCGCCAGUCGCCGCCGCCGCGAUGCCCGACGCGAUCGAAGGCGCGGCCGCGCCGAUGGACGACGACGACGACGACGAACCCCCGACGUUCGUCCCUCUGGACGACGAGGCGGACCCCGCGGAGGCGUGGGAAGACCCAUCGGUCGGAGGCGUCCUCACGAGCAUCCUAAACGCGUGCGAGUUGGGCGACGCCGACGCGCUCGCGUCGCUCCUCCCGUCCGCGUCCCUGAGCGAAAUCGAGACCAAGGGCCCGGACGGCGACACCGCGCUUCACCUGGCGUGCCUGUACGGCCACGCCGCGUGCGCGCGGCUGCUGCUCUCGCGCGGCGCGUCGCCGUCCGCAAGAGACGGCGACGACGGCACGCCGCUGCACGACGCGUCCGCGGGCGGGUUCGACGACGUCGUGGCGCUGCUGAUCGACGCCGCGGCGAGGGCGGGGAGCGGCGGCGUCGACGGCGUCGUGCGCGCGGUCGACGGCGACGGCGAGACGGCGCUGCACUGCGCCGCGAGGGGGGGGCAUCUCGACGUCGCGAGGGCGCUGCUCGCCGCGGGCGCGCGCAAGGACGCGGCGUCCGCGUUGGGGGAUCUCGCGUGGCAGUGCGCGGAGGAAGGUUCGGACGUGCAAGCAUUGUGCAAGUAG